AAGAAGUAUGUACGUAGGCGCGCGUGAUCAGUUAGCUUCACAGAAGCAGAAGCUGCUAAAAGUAUCAGCUGGUGGUAUCGGGUGGUUAUGGCUUUCUCUCUCCCCUCUCCUCCGCUCAAACUUCCGACCUCAUACUCUUCAUCCACGGUCAACAAUCACACCAUCGCCGCCUCCGCCUCCGCAACAAGCAUAAGAAACACUAGGAAAGGACUAUCACUCAGACGGACAUUUGUCGUAAAAGCUUCAGAAAAGGACGAUGAAAACCCGUCGUUUAAUCCUUUUGGUUUCGUCACUGAUAAUCCGUCAAGCCGAAGCGCAAUUCAACUUCCUGAAAAUCCGGCCGAGGACGGCAACGUCGGUCAGAUGCUCUACAGAAUAGAAGAUAAGGGAAGGGAAUAUGGUUCUUACAUCAAAUCUGGAGGCUUUAGAUGGUUUGUCAGAGAAACAGGAUCAUCUGAUGCCAGGCUUGGUCCACGUGGAACUGUUGUUUUCCUCCAUGGUGCUCCAACACAGUCUUACAGCUAUCGAGUUGUGAUGUCUCAGUUGGCUGAGGCUGGGUUCCACUGUUUCGCACCUGAUUGGAUAGGAUUUGGUUUCAGUGACAAGCCACAACCAGGAUAUGGCUUUGACUACACUGAAAAAGAGUACCAUGAACAACUGGAUAAAUUGCUUGAUGUCUUGGAGGUCAAAUCUCCUUUCUCACUAGUGGUUCAGGGAUUUCUUGUAGGUUCUUAUGGAUUAACUUGGGCUUUAAAAAAUCCAAGCAGAAUAUCCAAACUUGUAAUAAUGAACACUCCUUUGACAGCUUCAUCUCCUGUCCCAGGGCUAUUUCAACAGCUCAGAAUUCCACUGCUUGGUGAAUUCACUUGCCAAAAUGCUAUAAUGGCUGAGCGAUUUAUUGAAGCAGGUAGCGCCUAUGUCCUGAAGGUGGAAAAGGCUGAUGUUUAUCGACUACCAUAUCUGAAAAGCAGUGGACCUGGAUUUGCUUUGCUUGAAGCUACUAAAAGAGCAAACUUUAAAGGGACUUCAGGCCAGAUAGCUGAUGGGUUUGCAUCCGGGAGGUGGGAUACACCAAUAUUAGUUGCAUGGGGGAUAUCGGACAAGUAUCUUCCUCAGUCAAUUGCAGAGGAGUUCAAAAAAGGAAACCCAUCUGCAGUGACUGUGAAGUUAAUAGAAGGGGCUGGUCAUAUGCCUCAAGAAGACUGGCCUGAGAAAGUGAUUGAUGCUCUGAGAUACUUCCUUUGAUUAUGAUACCAUUACAAGUGUCAACUAUUUACGACUUGAAGAGCAUUGGAAUGAAAGGAACAGGUAACUAAUUUGUUCUAGCUAUUUACAUGUGGGGGACAAUGGGAUAUUUAUGGCAUAAAGAAAAAAUCUGUUUGAAUUUAACAAUAUAUAGUAAAAACUAAAAAAACAUCCUCGAAACUUUUAUGACAAUACAGCUAGUCAGAAUGCAAUGAAACUAGAAACACCUUGAAUGAUUAAUCAAGUAAAUAAUUGAUAUAUGAUAUAAGAUUCCUAAAAAUCUCUUAAACAUCAAUCCUUUCAUUAUAUGAAUUUUAAAAAUCUUUUGAAACAUACC